CCUGAUUCUUUGUGAUUUGAUCUGUGCCAUUGUCAAUGAUUGACCACAGCAUUUUGGAGUCCAAUGGUCUCUGUGCUUCUUCUAGCGGUGCUUGCUCCAUGGAGUCCUGAAGCCUAAAGCUUUUGCUUGCAGCUAAUCUACAGAAAACAUUUACAUAUGGAAAAACAAUGUGGUGCAACCUGUGUCAGCUUUCUCCUCUGAUUCUCUCUAUAUGCUCACUGUCUUUAAUGGCACAUCAGGCCACAGCUACGGCACACAGGGAGUUUCAGGCAUUGCCUUCCCACAGAAGAAGCAGCAGAGAUGUUAAUUCUCCAGCUCCUGUCGACUGUCAGCUGAGCCAAUGGUCAGAAUGGACUGAUUGCUUUCCUUGCCAAGAGAGGAAACACCGGUACAGGAGGCUGGUGCAGCCGGCAAGAUUCCUGGGGCGGCAAUGUGCAGGGCAUCUCUGGGGCGAGCAGGCUUGCCAUGCCGAGACAACAUGUGCUGGACCCCCUAGCUGUGGGAAGGACUUUCGGUGUGAGGAAACAGGUCGCUGUAUUAAACGGCAUCUUGUGUGCAAUGGAGAGCCAGACUGCAGAGAUGGAUCUGAUGAGAAUAACUGUGAGGAUGAAGACAUUGAAAGCCCUUGUGAACGUCUGUUCCCAAUCCCAGGGUCUGAAAAAGCAGCCCAAGGAUACAAUAUAUUAACACAGGAAGAGAGACAGUAUGUAUAUGAUCCUAGUUUUUUGGGGGGCCACUGUGAGUAUGUCUACAAUGGAGACUGGCGGGAGCUGAAGUAUGACACUGCAUGUGAACGUCUGUACUACGGAGAUGAUGAGAAGUAUUACCGCAAACCUUACAACUUCCACAUCUACCAGUUCCUAGCUCAUGCUGAUUCUGGGUUUGCUUUUGAAUUUUACGAUGAUUCAAAGGAUCUGCUUGAUGCUCUUAAAAGUGAUAAAUCCAAAACAAAAGGCUUUACCAUUGGAAUUGGGUCUGCAGGAUCAGAUUUGCUGUUAAACCUGGGCUUCACUUUAUCAAGUGGCAAAGGAUCCCUGAAGAAUUUCACACAGUACACUGAAAAGGAGGUUGGAUUCAUUAGAGGUGUGACAAAGGUGCAGACAGCCCGAUUCAAGAUGAGAAGGGACAACAUUGUUUUGGAUGAAGAUGUGCUGCUCUCCCUGCAGGAGCUUCCAGACAUCUACAACUAUGGCAUGUAUGCCAAAUUUAUCAAUGACUACGGCACCCAUUUCAUGACAUCUGGUACUAUGGGAGGCAUCUUUGAGUACAUCCUUGUCGUCAAUAAGGAGGAAAUGAGAAAAAAAGACAUCAGCGCUGAGGAGAUAAGUGCCUGUAUUGGCUAUUCAAUUGGCCUUACUGGCAGCGAGAGCAAACUGCAUUUGGAAGCGUCUGUGUCAUCCUCUGACUGCGCAAAGAAAGGAUUUCUGAAAACUGAUACUGAGAGCAACAGUGCAGUUGUGGAAGAUAUUAUUCCUCGGAUUAGAGGUGGAGAUACCAGUUACACCGGAGGGCUCUUAAACAGUUGGGAUGGCAAUAUGUAUCGUCACUGGGGAAGGUCAUUAAAAUAUAAUCCUGCUGUUAUUGAUUUUGAGCUGCAGCCAAUCCAUGAAAUUCUCCGCAGAAGCAACCUUGGUGACAUGGAAACCAAACGGCAAAACCUCAAACGGGCUUUGGAUGAUUACUUGUUGGAGUUCAACGCCUGCCGCUGCGGACCAUGCCAAAACAACGGUGAACCCAUUUUGGUGGGAGACACCUGUUUCUGCCAGUGUCGACCAGGUUACGGAGGCCCUGCCUGUGAGCAGACUAAGCGCCGAGGCAGUGAGACCAAUGGGCGCUGGAGCUGCUGGUCACAGUGGGGUCCCUGCCAGUCAGGCACAGCUCGACGCAGCCGGCAGUGCAACAACCCAGCCCCACAGGGUGGUGGGGAGCCCUGCGUGGGGAGGGAUGUGCAGAGCAAGUCCUGCUGAAAGCCCACCGGACAGCAUCGCUCCCCACAGGCACGUGGUUGACAGCGGUUUACAGUCUGUGCUGGGCUAUAAAUACAGGCAUAAUCCUCCAAUGGAAUUACGCUGGCAAGAAAUAAUUGUCAACUACUCCAUCUCUCUAUGUAUGGAGACAUUGGAUUUGCUGUAUAAAACCAGACCAAUUGCUCAGGUUGACUGAACGCGUGUCUGGCUGCCCUCUCGCCCCACAAGAUGUGAUGGGAGCCCCACCAGUUCACAACAGCAAGGCUGCACUACAGGAGAUGCUGGAGAACCCACAUGGGUGGCUUUGCUGAUA